AUUUUAUAUUAUCAAAUGACAGAGGCUGCGAAUCCAGAAAGGAUAUUAAAUUAAAGAACUCGAAUGAUUGGGAAUUAUGUGAUAGGUGAUGAUUUAUUGAUUCAGCAGAAUAGGGAAAACCUUGGGGUUUGGGACGUUUGGGAAAGUGAAGAUGGGUACACAUGAAUAAUCUGGUGAGAAAGUUGCAAUAAAAAUAUUGGAGAAAGAUAGAAUAGUAGAGACAGCUGAUGUAGAGAGAGUAUAGAGAGAGAUACAUAUUUUGAAAUUAGUUCGACAUCCACACAUAAUUUAGUUAUAUGAAGUAUAGAAAAUAGAUAAAUUAUAAUAUAGAUAAUUGAAACUCCUAAGCAUAUAUUUUUAGUAAUGGAAAUGGUAAGUGGAGGAGAACUAUUUGAUUAUAUAGUAAAAAAUACAAAGUAAUGAAAUAAAUAAAAUUAGAUUGGAAGAGGUGGAAGCUUGUAAAUUAUUUUAAGAACUUAUAGCAGGGAUAGAAUAUUUGCAUAAAAUUAGAGUGGUACAUAGAGAUUUGAAACCAGAAAAUUUAUUACUUGAUAAGAGUAAGAAUCUAAAAAUAGUUGAUUUUGGUUUAUCUAAUACAUAUAAGAAUGAAGAAUUAUUAAAGACAGCAUGUGGAAGUCCUUGUUAUGCUGCUCCUGAAGUAUAUAAGUUAAAAUAUAAUAAUAGAUGAUAGCAGGAUAGAAAUAUUAAGGUUUAAGAGUUGAUUUAUGGAGUUCAGGAGUAAUAUUAUUUGCAUGUUUAUGUGGUUAUUUACCUUUUGAAGAUUAAAAUACAUCUGCUUUAUAUAAGAAAAUAUUGAGUGGCACAUAUUAAUUACCAUCUCAUUUAUCAAAAGAUGCAUAAUCAAUGAUCUCUGGAAUUUUAACUGUAGAUCCAGAAAAGAGACUUACUAUUGAAAAUAUUCAUAAUCAUCCUUGGUUUUAAAUAUAUCGAAGAUCAUAUGAAAUUCCACCAGGAAUAGUUGUAGGAUAUAAUAGAAUUCCAAUUGAUUAAGAUAUUUUAAAAUAAUUAAAAUCUUUUGGAAUUGAUAUUGAUUAUGCUUAAAAAUGUUUAGAUGCUAAUAAACAUAAUGAUGUUACAACAUUUUAUCAUUUAUUAUUAAAGAGGCAUUUAGCUAAUGGAGGUAGAUCUACUGCUGAUCUCAAUUCUGAAUCUUUUGAUAUUAAAUUACUUGAACCUAAAUAAAGGCCAAGCAAAGGUAAGAAUCCUUAUAUUUAUCUAUAGCUCCAAUCACUUCAAUAGUUAAUAAUGAAAUCAUCAAAUAAUAAAUGAAAGAAGAAAUUAUUAAAUAGAGAUCCUAUUCUACUGACAAAGAUAGAGGUAGAAUUAUUAAAACUACAGAUUAAAAUAAUAAAAUUUUAGCUGAUAAUGAUUAAAGUGUUAAUCGUAUUGGACGAAAUGGAUAAGCAUCAAGUGUUUAAGCUAGAUAAAAAGAUGAAAAUUAUUUAGAUUAAUCUCCUAUGCUUAAAAAAAGUAACAAAUUACAUAGUAUUUAUGGAAAUAAAAAUAAAACUACUAACAUUACCUCCACUGAAUAUAGAAAUAAAGAAGAAACUAAAAAACCAAGUUCAAGAAAUAAAAAAGAUUUAGAUUUAUCUAACCCACAUAGAAAUACUAAUCGAGAAUUUUUAUAAAUUAAUAAAAAUUUUUAAAAUGCAGGAAGAUCUCAAAAUCAUAAGAAGGAAAGAGUUUAUGUCACUAAUUAAAAUAACUAAUCAUUUGAUGUACCUUUGAAUUCCAAUUAGUCGGUUAAAUAAAAAAUAUAUCAAAUUUAAAAAUUUGGAUAUUAUGAAUGA